AUGUCUUCCUUUACUCGCGCUGCAAUCGCCGCUCUGGCGCUUGCUAACGUUGCUGUUUCCUAUCCGUUUGCUGAUGAUGUUAGCCUCGAGUCUCCGGCAAACGUUAUGUCCACUUUUAAUAUCAAAACUCCAAGACCAAUCCAGUUUGGAAAUGCUGCCUUUACAUGCCAGAUUCUCUCCUUAGCCUUCCCAAAGAGCGAUGUCAUCAGCCCGGGCUCCACAGAAUACACCCCGCUCUGGCAAGUUCCUUGGUCCCAAUCAUGCUGGCUACAGCCCGCCUGUAUAGUUGCCCCGGACACUGACUCAGACAUUUCGAAAGCUAUGAUUCUAAUUUCGGUACUUAAGACGAAAUUCGCUGUUCGGAGUGGUGGCCAUACAGUUGUUCCGGGUUAUAGUGGGGUCGGAAAUGAUGGGAUUCUUAUUGCUCUACACAAAUUGAACAAGCUUUCUAUGAGCAAGGAUGCAAAGACGCUUACUGUGGGCCCAGGUCAGCGAUGGGGUGCGGUAUAUGAAAUGACCAACCAAUAUAAUGUUACCGUCCUCGGCGGUCGAGAGCCUCCUGUUGGCGUUGGUGGUCUUCUACUUGGCGGUGGUUUGAGUUUGUUCUAUAAUACAUAUGGGUUGUCUUUUAACCGCGUGAAGAGAUAUAGCGUUGUUAUCCCAAGUGGGAGGAUAUUGGACGCAACCGCCACGCAAAAUUCGGACCUGUUUCAUGGUCUCAAGGGAGGUACGGCAAAUUAUGGUAUCGUCACUGAAUUUGACAUCGAAACCAUCUCUAAUGGCAACGCCAUCUACUACGAAAUCUACCUUUACGCACCAUCUGAUACUCCCGCCAUCCUAGAAGCCUUCUCGAACUGGACGAUCAAUGCAGAUAUAAAAUCCAACGUAGAAGUUCAAAUCCAAAACAAAAUCACUCUCGUUUUCCUCGGCUAUGCCGAACCUGCCAAUAAGCCCGCGACAUUCAACGACUUCUACAAGGUCACUCCAAUCAAAACUAUGUUCGGCCCAACCAACGCCUCGGUCAUCAGCCUUACCAACAGUCCGGCGGCAUCGCGACCUCCUCCGGGGUUCAGUUACAGCUCCGUGUUUUCACACGAGGUCAGGGAUUCGAAAUUCUUGCUUGAGCAAUAUGCAUUAUAUCUUAACCUCUCUGCUAACUUGCCAGAUGAUAUGACAAUGAGUUUCAACCCACAGGCAGUGAUCCCGAAUUUGGUUAAAGAGAGCAAUACACGGAAUGGUGGUAACAUCUUGAACCUCUCUCCCGUGCCGCAAAUGUGGGUCAACGCAGUGAUGGACUGGAAAAAUAAUAGCGAAUCGUCUAUCGGCAGCGACCGAAUCGAUGCCUUCACGGCCCAGGCCACAAAACUCGCCCAGGACAGGGGAGUCUUCCUCCCAUACAUCUACGUGAACGAUGCAUCUGGAAAACAAAAACCCCUCCGAUCCUAUGGUGAUGCUAGUUUUAAAUAUAUCCAGAAGAUUGCGAACAAGUACGAUCCGGCGGGCGUGAUGCAGAACCUGCAGAAUAAUGGGUACCUGUUAAGCAGAGAGUGA